AUGGGAUCGACUCUUAGCGCCGCCAGCUCCGUGCCGGAUGCAAAACACUUUCACGUCAAGAAAGUCGCCGUCAUAGGCUCUGGCCCAGCCGGAUUGGCCGCCGCCCGCUACCUCCAGGCCCAGGGCGCAUUCGACUCCAUCACCGUCUUCGAGCAGCAGCACCAAGUCGGCGGCGUCUGGCUCUACAGCAGCCUGCCCCCAAAGGACGUGCCCGUGCCGCAGCAGGAUCCGUUCUGGGGCCCGGAGCCGUCCAUCUGGCCCGAGGGGGCUCCGGCUCCGGUGUUCCCGUCGCCCAUGUACGAGCGGCUGCAUGCGAAUAUCCCGGGGUGCUUGAUGCGGUUCCACGAUAGGGAGUUUCCGGGCGAUGCUUGGGUGUUUCCUAAAAGAGAGGAGAUUCAGGAGUAUCUUAUCCGGUAUGCUGAGGAUUUGAGGCAUCUCAUCAAGUUCUGUCAUGAGGUGAGGCGGAUCGAUUUGGAAACCAAGGAUGGUAGGGAUCAGUGGCAUCUGGAGGCAGUGUCGACGCUGAAUGACGGCGAGGUUGUUCGCGAGACGUAUGACGCCGUUGUCGUUGCAAACGGGCAUUACUCCGUGCCCUUCAUACCGGCCAUCAACAAGAUUGAAGACUUUAAAAAGGCCCAUCCCUCCAUCAUCACUCAUUCAAAGCAGUAUCGAACGAAUGACGUCUUCAAAGGGAAGAAAGUCAUCGUCGUCGGCAAUGGGCCCUCAGGCCUCGACGUUGCACUCCAGAUCAACGAAGUUGCCGGCAAGACGCUCUUAUCAGUAAGACACGCAACAUCGCCCGACAAACUCGCCCACAUUGGAUGCGACGAAGUCCCCGAAAUCGUCGAAUUCCUGCCAGACCAGCGCGGAGUUCUUUUCAAAGACGGAAGCGUAGAGAAAGAUAUAGAUCACAUCGUUUUUUGCACGGGCUUCUUGUUCGGCUAUCCUUUCCUCCCGAACCUCGGCCACAAGAUCAUCACGUCUGGGCGAGGCGUCCACGGGUUGUAUCAGCACACGUUCCUCAUCCAGCACCCGACGAUAGUUUUCCCGGCCCUCAAUAUGAGAUCUGUUCCGUGGCCAUUGGCGGAAUCGCAAGCUGCGGCUUUCUCGGCAGUGUGGUCCAAUGCGCUAGAAUUGCCCCCGGACGAAGAAAUGCUGCGGUGGAGUAAAGAGCUGGAAGAGAGACAAGGAGAAGCGCUACACCAGUAUCCAGAGUUGGGAGAUGACGGCAAGCAUAUCAAUGAGUUUUAUGAGUGGAUAAAAAAGGCGAAGCACGUUGGCAAGGAGCCGCCGCGAUGGAGUGGCGAGCUUUUCUGGCAGAGGUCCAUUGCUAUGGAGGCCAAGAUCAAGUUUGAAGACGAGGGAUGUAAAGCCAAGACGCUGGCCGAGCUUGGCUUCCACUAUGAGCCGGGCAAGGAGUAA